AUGGAUGCGGAAAACUUGACGCUAUUUCUGAAAGCGUUCUGCGUCUUUGGGAUACUCCAAAUUUCAGAUGGCGAAACUCAGAUAGAAAGGACCGGCCGAUUUUGGCCCGGAUGGCCGAUAGGGGUCAUUAGAUUCGCCAAUAACGUGUGCACAUCAUUGGAGGGAUUUUCCGGGACUUGCUUGACCAGGCGCCAGUGUGCUGGAAUUACUGGAACCGGAUCUGGGACCUGUGUAAGCAACGGAAUUGGGGUGUGCUGUUUGGUGCAGAGAACCUGUGGCGAUAUUUCCUCAUACAACAACACCUACUUUACGAGCACGAAUUUUCCUAACACGUUCAACGGAGACACUCAAUGCGUUUACACCAUUCAGCCUUGCGUUGGUUCUUGUCAGGUACGGCUUGAUUUUUUGUCAUUUAUACUGGCCCAGCCUGACGGAAACGGAUUCUGCGUGACUGAUUCGAUGGUCAUUACCGGCUCAGCGUCAAACGUUCCCAUACUAUGCGGUGAGAACUCCGGUCAACACAUUUACCUGAAUUUCAACGGAAACGACAGCAUAAUAAUAUCAAUAACCACUAGUGCCACGGCGGACCUGGAAAGGAUAUGGAGUUUCAAGGCCACGCAGCUCGCCUGCGACUGCCCCACAUUAGCACCGACCGGUUGUCUUCAGUAUUACGACACCUCAUUCCUGACGGGAACGGUCAGAAGCUUCAAUUAUGGCACUUCAAUCAACGGCGCACUGGUUAAUUACAACAAUGGUACUUCGGUGCCAGGGACGCGACAGAUCGCCAACACCAACUACGGCAUUUGUAUUGCCAUGGCUCCGGGGUAUUGUUCCAUUCAGUGGGCUCAGUCAGCUGAUAGCACGUCGUUCACCUUAACAGAGAACACUGCAUUGGUGGAAGUACUCUUUGGUUUGCCCGCAAGCUUUAUACUGGGAGAUAAUUGCACCACAGAUUUCGUCGUGGUUCCCAAUCCGAUUUUUCCGAACGGAACAGCGGUGAAUACAGACAGGUUUUGCGGAAACCAAUUUCCAACCGUUAUUAGUGCCUCAAAGCCCUUCGUUUUGACCGCGGUCACCAACGGCGACGAACUUAGCGACGUCGCUAACAGAGGAUUCGCGUUGACUUUCACUCAGCAAGCUUGUAGAAAUGUAAAUCCAUUAGUUGUUGUGUUAAUUGCGUUUAUUUCUCCGUACGCGGUCAUUGGUACUCCUGCUAUGAAUCUGAUACGACUGUCCCUUUUCGUAAGUGCGUCAAUAUGUCUUCCGUUCGGUACCAGCUCCGAACAAAACGCCCUUGAAACGUCCGCACAAGCUUUAGAGAGGGAUGGAAAACAAUUUUUCUUUUUUCCCUUCUUCGGAGUGGGACUGGUCCGGUUUUUAAACGGAGAAUGCAACAGUGGCAACACUUUCGAUGGUACCUGCUACACCAGAAGACAAUGCGAGUUUUUGGAUGGAGUUGGUUCAGUUACUUGUGCAAACGGAGCAGGGAUAUGUUGUCUCUUUCAAAGAAAUUGCGGUGAAUCCUCUGGCGUCAACAACACCUACUUCGUAAGUCCCGGAUUUCCUAGCACUUACGCCGGUAGUUCAACGUGUACAUUCACUAUCCUCAAUACAGACGGGGCGUGCCAAGCUCGAAUCGACUUCUUGACGCUACAGCUCGCCCAGCCGAACGAAAACGGUACCUGCGUCACGGACGCUCUAGUAAUAACUGGCGGCGCGUCCAUAGUUCCCGUAAUCUGUGGCGAGAACAGCGGGCAACACGUCUACGUAGAUUUCUUCGGCAACAGCUCUAUCACGGUGUCGGUUAUAACCGGGCCGUCUGUCGUUGGAAGAGCGUGGAACCUGAAGGUGGCCUUAAUCAACUGCAACUGUCCCUGGAAAGCCCCAACUGGAUGCCUACAGUACUACACUGCCACAUCUGGUACAGUUAGAAGCUUUAAUUACGGCAGUACUGGUAUAACCAACGGAACAAGGCAGUUGGCGAACCUAAACUACGGAGUGUGCAUCCAAAUGCAACCAGGUUACUGUAGCAUUCAGUGGUCACAAACCAGCGAUAUAUACUCCUUCACCGUAUCAAACGAUACAUUCACGGCGGUGGUGGAUGGAACCAUAGGGGCAGCUUCUUCUCAAACCGGCACCAACUGUACCACCGACUUUGUGAUAGUACCUGCUCCGAUAUUCCCGAAUGGAACGUUGUUCAACACAGACAGAUUCUGCGGAAACGGAUUUGUCACUUUAUCAAGUAACUCUAAGCCAUUUGUGUUGACCGUUGUAACGAAUUCCAACGAAGUGAAUGAUACCGGAAACAGAGGAUUUGCAUUGUCUUACGCCCAGCAACCAUGCAUAGGAACAAUUCUUACUGGAUAGAUGUGGAGAAAAUUUUGAUAUGGUUUUGUAAUAUAUCA